AUGCGCGACUAUAUGCCCGGCUCCCACCGUCGGUUCUUACAAGACGUCGAAGCAGUUGCGAACAUUCGCUCAUAUGUUGAUGAUCGGCGCACGGGUUUUGCUUUGCAAUUCGCGUACGAUACCUGUCUGUCAAUGCUACGAGAGAUGCGCGACCAGCACAUUCAGGUCGUUUGCCGCUACAUUGUUGUCCAGUCCCGUGUAAACCAACAGGCACCGCCGUCCGGUACACAUCCUAUGGUGAUAGAUUCAGCUACUAUGGUUCCGGGAGAUCGCAAAAUACUUCGUGGUACAGGUGGCACAGCGCUCAUUCCCUUCCUUAAACAAGCCAGGGAUGAGACAGCGGAGCCUGUCAUCGAUGCAAGGGCGCGACGACUGCUGAGCCACAAGCCCGGUUCACUUGAACCGGCCUCGUUGAAUAAGGUCGGAGAGCAACCGGAUGAUCAUCCUCAACUGGUUGAUCCUUGCGGGAAAUGGACGGCUGGCCAUAGCGAAGGUGGCAUCUGCCGCUGGUGA